GAAUGCAAGUCUAUAAACCAAGAGUUUGCAAUAAAACUUAACAAUUGCUCAAUAUGAAUAAAUGAAACAUCUAUGUGUUAACUAAAUUUUAAAUCAGAUUUAUAUCUAACUUUCGGCUGAGCAAAGAGGCGUUUAUGUACGUGCUUGGUAACAUAAAGGACAAACUGGAAGGUCGUAUUUCAACAUCCAUACCACCAAUCCUGAAAUUGUGCUGCGCUUUAAGGUUUUUUGCACAUGCGAGUUACCAGGAGGCCAUAGGAAAUGAAUUUCAAUUGGGCCUAGCCCAAUCCUCUGUUUCGGUAGUUCUGAGGGAGGUUUUUCCAAUUUUGGAAUCUGAACUUUGCAGCCGAUGGAUCAAGGCAGAUAUGACCGAAGAAGAAAAGCAACAGAUACGAAGCAAAUUCUAUUCAAGGUCUGGAAUGCCCAACGUGAUUGGCUGUGUGGAUGGAACACAUGUUGGAAUUAUUGCUCCUCACAAUGACAAACACCUAUAUUUAAACAGGAAAGGCUUUUUCAGCAUAAAUGCCAUGAUUGCUUGCGAUUAUGACAUGAACAUCCGAAGUGUUGAUGCCAGAUAUGCAGGAUCUACCCACGAUUCUUUUGUGUGGAACAACAGUUCAUUAAAUGCAUUUUUACAAAGUCAGUAUGAAAACGGAGAUCAAAACUCUAUUUAUUUAUGUGAUUCCGGAUACCCACUACGGCCCUACCUGUUAACACCUUUUCGAAACGCGGAAUCAGGGAGUAGACAGUCAUUAUAUAAUAAGAAACAUGCGAAGGCAAGAAACGUUGUUGAACGGACGAUUGGAGUGUUGAAGGCUCGUUUUCGCUGUCUCCUCAGUGAGCGCAAAUUGCGUUACACACCUACGAAAGUGACCACGAUUAUAAACAUAUGCUGGGCUUUGCACAAUAUCUGUAAAAUAUUUAAAAUGUGUGAUCCAGACGAAUCUGAGAUUUUUAUUGACGCCGUUGUACCAUCGGAACCAGUUAGUGAAAAUUCCGGUGUUACACCCGCAGAAGAGAGAUAG